AUUAUUAUUAUCCGAAAAAAAAAUGUUUGUGUAAAAAUUUUUAAAAAAAACCAAAAAAAAAAGAAAAUAGAAAACUGGCAUCAACUCAUAUGGCGCUUGGACUCAACUCCGGUCUUUGUUCCGGUAGUUCCGGGUCACAUUCGGACGCGUCUUCAAGUCCGGGAGUUAGUGUGCCCAUCCCUUUAGCUCCGGUGAUACCAAACCCGAUGUUUGCACUACCAACGUUAAAUUUUACCGUGUCGCAGGUGGCGGCGGUUUGCGAAACUCUAGAAGAAAGUGGUGAUAUAGAAAGACUUGCAAGAUUUCUUUGGUCAUUACCGGUAGCGCAUCCAAACAUCACCGAAUUAAAUAAAAGCGAAGCCGUACUUCGAGCACGAGCAAUCGUUUCAUUUCACAGCGGUAAUUUUCGCGAACUUUACAACAUCUUAGAAUCUCAUAAAUUUACGAAAAGUUCGCACGGAAAGUUACAAGCGAUGUGGCUCGAAGCACAUUAUCAAGAAGCGGAAAAGUUACGCGGAAGGGCACUCGGACCCGUCGAUAAAUAUAGGGUUAGAAAAAAAUUUCCGUUACCUAGAACGAUAUGGGAUGGGGAGCAAAAGACUCAUUGUUUCAAAGAGAGAACGAGAAGCUUGUUACGGGAGUGGUACCUUCAAGAUCCUUAUCCAAAUCCGACGAAAAAACGCGAACUUGCCCAAGCAACUGGAUUGACACCGACGCAAGUUGGAAAUUGGUUCAAGAAUAGAAGGCAAAGAGAUCGAGCUGCGGCUGCUAAAAAUAGAAUUCAACAGCAGCAACUGGCGGCUCAGUUGGCGAACCACGGCGGAUCGACGAGACAACCGCCGCUUAGUCCUAACCCUAAUACCUCGGAUUCCGAUUCGGAUAUCUCCCUGGGUGCCCAUUCGCCCCCUUUGAGCUCACCCGGACCCAUAUCAUUUUCAAAUUCCUCUCCAUCACCGAUAACGUCGUUUAGAUUUGGUCCUCAUUCCCCGGGACCAAUGCCAACGCAAUUUCGAUUCAACCAUACCCCACCAGCUUUUAGAAAAAAUCUUAGUCCUUCGUCUCCGAUAAAUAUCGAAUCAAAUCCAUCAUCAACAAACCUUUUAACAACCACUAAUUCAAACAAUAACUCUUAUAACACCCCAAUUAAUACUAAUAACAGAUUAUCCUCGACGAUCCCCGAAUUAUUAUCGCCUAUUAAUUUGGAUUCAUCCUCGGAGUUCCACCCGAGAAGAAGUAUGGAAAAGGAGUAUAAGGAAGGUAUGUCGAGUCCUAUUGUUCAAGUGGAUAAUAGUUCUUCACCCCCACCGAUGAAUCUAAGGUUGGGGGAGUUAAGGUUCCCGGAAACUCCAGUACCUUUAAGAUUAUCAUCGCAUGGACAAUUAGCGACUCCUCUUCGAAUACAAGUCGGUGGUAAUGGACCUAAUCAUCAACAGACGAAUAUCCACGGGGGUAGUGGAGGUGGAAUUGUAAGAAUAGCCCAAAAUAGCCCUACGAAUACCCAACAGAUCUUGCACAGGCCUUUCACUCCGGAUCGUUUAACGUGAUAUUAUCAGGAGGAAAAUGAGUGGAGAUAGAACUUUGAAUGUGUAUAAAGUUAUUUUUUUAGUUUACAUUAUUUUCUUUGGUUAAAGAAGACGUCUUUUGAUUUGGGGUGAUAAAUACGUUUAUCACGCCAAGUUGGGUUUAAGUAAGAUUCUAAAAAAAAUAUUUAAAAUAAAAUCUAGUCUUUAAUGAAAGAAUAAGAGAAAGGAAACGAGGCAUAUCAAAUUGAUUUUUUUGACGAAAUCGUGCCUUUAUCGCAAUGUUAAUGAAUUAAAAUCGAAAAAAAAUUAAAAAAAAAUUAGGAUCUUACUAAAACGUUUAAAAGGCGAGACACCCCACCCACCCCCAAGAUGCAAUAUAGAGUUCUUGUAUUAUAAAAUUAGGGUUAAAACGAAAAUUGGACAUAGUGUAUUAUUAUUAGGGAUGAAAAUGGAUUAAAAAAACAAUGUGAAUACGUCGCACUAAACGAAACGUUGAAACGUUUUAGUUACAAAUGUAGCGGGCGCAAAAUUAAUUUCGUUUCCUUUUUAUAUAAAUAAAUAUAUUAUAUUGUAACGCUUACACAAUAUACGACGAUUAUUAAUUAUUAUUAUUAUUUUUACGAUA